AUAAUUUUAAUAAAUAAAAAUGGCUAUGGACAAUAGUAAGUUUGAGCAAAUGAGCAAACAUUUCCCAAAAUCAUUAAAGUUUUCAUUAAAUCCAGUGUAUUAUGGAGCUAGAGUUGGAAUUUAAGCAUACUUAGGAAUAUUGGUUGGUGGAACUCUAAUAAUCUAUCUCAAUACAUUUAAUGGAAUCACAUUCCCAUAUUUAUAUAGGAAAGUAAAAAUUAAUUAAAAACAUUUAAUAGUAAAAAGUUGAAUAUCAAGCAGUACCAGAUUUCUAUUCAAAAUAAGUAUUGCUAUAUUAAAGAACAGUACCAAAUACGGUGACUCAAUUGUGAGAUUAUAAUAAUGAAAAAUAUUAAAAUAUUAGUCAUACA